AUGGCGCACGGAGGCACCCGACACCGGCCGACAUUGUUCUGCCCAGCAAAGACACCGGGAGGCCGGCGAAGAGGCCAUGUGAGCUCCAGCUCCGGUUUCUUCCUGACGGCUGGUGGAUCAUCAUCUUCCGAAGAUCACCUGGACAUCUUCAACUCCAGUGAGUGUGCGGCCUUGCGAUUGGCUGUGCCGGACCCUGGUCGAAAUUUUCUGGCUACCGUGGCGUGUCCUGGCAAACGAACCAUCUUAAACUUCUAG